GGUAUGCUUUAUAACCUCAAUACUGGAAAUAUAGAAGGAGGGGCAUCAGCGCGUGUUGAUAUAUACGAAGAACGUAAACAGACUGUCAUUCUUCCAAUAUCUGGUGGAAAAAACAUCAGUUUAGAAGUGAAUGCAAAAGAUGCGAAGGCGUUUGGUGUUAGUCUGGGUUUCAAUGGUACAUACGUUACAAUGUCUGUAUCAAAAGCACUAGAUCGAGAUGGCACGUCCAUCCAUGUAGAUGAUUUAGAUGUAUUUAGUUUUGAUGUGAAUUGCACGUACGCAGCCGCCAAUAACACGCAGACAACUAAGUACAUCAGGGUCAUUGUAACGGUGAAAGAUAUCAAUGAUAAUGCACCAGAAUUUGUCAAUUAUAAAUACUCUACUAUCAUACAAGAGACACUGCCACUUCGAAGUAGCGUGUUUCAAUUGACGGCUGGGGAUAAGGAUGCUGGCCUUAACGGCGCAAUAUACUACUCAAUUAUAAGUGGAAAUAAAUUUGCUGGGAAGACAUACUUCAGCAUCCCAAACGCACAAAAUGGGGAGGUCGAGCUUAGUUCGAGACUUGAUUUUGACACGGAGAGAAACAUGUUUAAUUUGGUUGUAGUCGCUGUGGAUGGGGCUGUCGAUGCAGCAGAAAGAAAAACAUCAACAGCAACUUUAACCAUAUUUGUCGAGGACAGCGACGAUUUACCGCCUACCUUCUACCACGAUAAAUGCCGUCAUACUUCAUGGAUUCGAUAUUCAUGCGAUGCGGUGAUAUACCGGACUGAAGUGAUUUCAGGAUACAUGGUUCCCGGCAGCGUUCUUUCAACGGUGCCAAUUGUAACAGGACACGAAACCAUUUCUGAAAAUAUAACGGCAUUUGACUUGGAUGACCUAAAUGCGACUAUAGCGUUUGAACUAAUUGGAAGUGUACCAAGCGGAUUUGCGAAUCGUUUCAUGGUAUCCUCAAGGGGCCCGACAAUAAACAAGAAGUGGCGGACACGUGAAGCCUACAUUGCUACACUAAUACAAAUAAAACCAGUUACCAGACAUGAAACAAAGGAGUUUUCUUUGUUUCUUAAGGCUAAACAGACUGAUGAUGAAAGCAAGUAUUGCAUAGCACAAAUUAUGUGUAUUGUUAAUCCUUCCAAUUCCUACCGCCCGCUCCUCACGACAAACGCGGAUGAUAAUGUCGGUUUUGUAGCUGAUGAUGCGCCACCUGGCACAUAUGUUAGGGCGGUGGCGUUGGGAGAACUAGAACCACUGGAGAUCAGAGUUACAGAUGGUGAUCUUGCUGAUGGUGAUACGCAGGGAUACAUUUAUAUCAUUGAGCCAAUUGGGUCGAAAUUUUCUAUUCAAUCAUUUGGUGACAGAGCUAUUAUAUCGACAACACAACGCCUUGACAAUAGCGUAGUAUCACGUUACGUAGUGACGGUGCGAGUUAUAGAAAGAACGAUGUUAUCUCUUACUGAUGCCAUAACCAUUGGUGUGAUAGUACAACCGAACAACGAUUCAACUUACGAGAAGAAGUCUGGGAACCAUGUAUGCUAUGACGGACUGUAUGGGGAGUACUGUAACAGGACAUGUCCGCCUAAUUGUGCCAGAUGUACGUCCGAGAACCACUGUCUGGAAUGUGAACGAGGAUUCUAUGGGACAAUUUGCAGCUUAUCUUGCUCAAGAAAUUGCUUGUUUUGUAACAAAACUGACGGGACCUGUAUCGGCUUUCUUAACUGUGAUAUUAUCAACAAUGAAAUAGACGAAAAAGGUGAAACAUAUUCUGUUCUAACACUGAUACUUGUUGCAGUCGGGUCUUCGUGUGGAAUACUUGUAAUUGCCGCGUUUAUUGUUGUUAUACGGCGAGGAAAUGUCAUAUGUUGCGGAAAACGUCACGGAGAUAGACUUAAUGACGAAGCUUUACACGAGUGUCAUACAGAAAACGAAUCAAACAUUCAAACGAAAAAAUCUGACAAUGUGAGUCAGAUUCACGAUACAUUUGAGCUAAGUAAUGUGAAUUCUGGAGACAGCCAAAUUAAUACAGUAGAUUACGAGAACGACACUCCAUUGGAACACUAUGAAAGACUAGGAGGUACGAAUGAAGAGAACAAGCCGUACGAUGUUCUCAAAACUGCGGAAUAUGAAGCAUUAGGAGAAAGAACUAAAGAAGAACAGCAAUAUGAAGGUUUAAAUAUUUCUAAAUCCUAAGUAGACAAAUAGACAAACAUGUGGAAAUAAAGAAAACACGUUACCAAGUACAGAUGACUUUGCAGAUAUUUGUUUUGAUAUGGAAAAGUUUAGCGUACAUCUAUUUGUCAACAAAUGAUGUAGUUGGUUUUCUAAAAGUUCCAGUUUCCAGUGCAUGCAGUUUCUACCCAGAACUUCCUUCCUUGUCGAUCUGAAAAUACCGAAUAUGAAUUUCUAUGGACAGCAAUGAAUGGUUUGUGAAAGGGCUAAUCAUUAUAUGAUCAUAUAUAUUAUUGUCAUUAUAUAAUUAUCUUUCAAGUGACCUCAAAGAUUAUGUAUAUUUUUGUUUAUGUAUUAUUCGUUCUCUUUGUGCUUAAGGGGGCCUCCGUGGCCGAGUGGUCAAGGUCGCUGACUUCAAAUCACUUUCCCCUCGUCGAUGUGGGUUCGAGCCUCAUUCGGGGCGUUGAAUUCUUCAUGUGAGGAAGCUAUCCAGCUGACUGGUUCUAACCAGGUGCCCGCUCGUAAUGAAACAAUGCACGGAGGGGCAUCUAGCGUCGUCCUCCACCAUCAAAGCUGAAAAGUCGCCAUAUGGCCUAAAAUUGUGUCGGUGCGACGUUAAACCCAAUAAAAUAAAAUAAAUAAAUUGUGCUGAAAGUCUGUACUUAUAAUACUUUACAUAAUAUGAAAAACGCUUUACAGACAUUGUUUUUCUUCUUGUUAUAAUAAAUGUAUCACUUUUCAACCUUAUAAUAGUUACUUAUAUUUAUUCGACUUCUAAACGUAAUUAUUUGUAUGAAUUAAAUGUCUUAAAAUAUCUUUCAAUUGUAAUGUUUCAGUUAAAGUUGUUUCCUUCCCUAAAGCAAUUUGCUUUAACAGAUUGUUCUUUUCUCGCACAACGAACAUCAUUCUCACGGCGUAUGCCUUUCUCAAUCCCAUAUAUAGUUUACUGUAUUGAAAGGCCAUUAAUUUUCAUUAUUUUAUACCUCAUUAUGAAUUUCUCAUUUUUGUUUUUUAUAAUUAUACUAUCAUACACCACAGUAUACUUACUUUCUUUGUACAGUAAAUUGUAUAAUGCAUGAUUUAUCUACAAUGUAUUGAGUGACUGAUAAGCCUUAUUAGGCUGAUUAUUGAUCUGAAAUAAUUGUUAUAAAAAUUGUACUGUAGUAUAUGUUUAUUUUGUACCUGUCAAUAUCAUAAAUAAUAAAUAUAUAAUAUAUAUA